AAAGCUUCAUUCUUACGAAGCGCGCAACGCAGCUCAACUGAUGGGUUGAAUUGCGAAGUAAACUUUGACACUGGAUUAACUUGUAUGGUGGAGUAUCGAUUCUAAAUUUAGAGCUGUGCUAUUCCACAUUUUGUCCGAUUUUGUCAGUCACGCUGAAGUUUAAUUUGAACGUUUCUAUCAGUUUCUUAACCUGAGACAAGUGCCCAUUACGCACCGUUUGCGCCAUGGCGAACUCUUGUCUUCAACUGAGCGGCUUUCUCAUCAGCUGCCUCGGCUGGCUGGGCAUCAUAAUCGCGACAUCUACCAAUGACUGGGUGAAUAUGUGUAAAUACGGCCUGAACACCUGCAAGAAGAUGGAUGAGCUGGAAGCCAGGGGACCCUGGGCGGACUGUGUCAUCUCCACGGGACUCUACCACUGCGUCUCCCUGACGCAGAUCCUGGAUCUGCCAGCCUACAUCCAGACCACUCGUGCCCUGAUGAUCACAGGUUCAAUACUGGGUCUCCCAGCAGUGGGAAUCCUCUUCAUGUCCAUGCCCUGCAUCAGCCUUGGCAAUGAACCCCAGAGCUCCAAAAGCAAACGCACCAUCCUGGGAGGAGUGCUUAUACUCAUAGUCGCACUGUGUGGUAUGGUGUCUACGGUCUGGUUUCCCAUUGGUGCUCACCAGCAACAUGGCCUCAUGUCGUUUGGUUUCUCCCUCUACACUGGAUGGGUGGGCACCAUCUUCUCCCUGUUGGGUGGCUCGAUUCUUACUUGUUGCUCCUCAGAGUCCUCCUCAUCUCGCUCCUACCAGGACAACAAUCGUUUCUACUACUCCAAACAAGGAGGUGGCAACCCGCCAGCAGCCCCCUCCACCAAUCACGCCAAGAGCGCCCACGUCUGAGAUGGGAGAGAAUCUGACUCCCAGCUGGAUGCAUGGGGGACUGUAGCUUGUAUAUAGAGACAUAUACACAAGCACACACACACACACACACACACACGCCAACACACAUGUAUACAUUCAACCAGCUACAUGCAAGCCUAUACUGGAAGAGAAAGACACAUAAAUUCAAUCAUUCAUGUUGGUUUGUCAAGAAAAACCACAAGUUCUUGAAUGAGCACACAAACAUACAUAAAAGAGACAUUCACACGUGCAAACACACAAGGACUGUUUCUGUUGGAGCUCUUUUCUCUUUGCAGAUGGAUUGUUUUUGUAUGUUGGGCGUGGUGUGGACUCUCCUCACCGUUACAUAAUCGCACAAGCUGCCUACACAGGCCCAACCACUCAAGGCCUUGUGGAAUGAGAUAUUGAUCCUCCACAUUACUUGUAUUUUUCUAUUUAGAUGCUCCUAGAGGUGAAAUCUUGGGAGUGUCUUUAUUUGAUUUUUUUAAACCAUAGUAUCAUGAUCUGUUUUGUUAUUUUGUUUUUGUUUUUAUAAGAACAGGGUAUGGCAGUAUUAUCUACAUCGAUAUUUCUUUGGCAGUAUUAAGAAACUCUCUUGUGAAUUUGCCUCUUAAAUGAUAGACUUGAUUGAAAAAGGUAGCACUGUUUUUCCUAGCCACUGCAGGAUGUCUUGUAAAAUGAAGGGAACAUAAAUUUCACAAAAGAACUUUAACUAGCAGUGUUACUGUCUGUAUUACGGUCUGUGCACGGACUUGGCAAAAAAAGUUUACUACAGAUUACGAAACAUUAAUUUUUCAUCCAUCACCGUCUCAUCCGACAGUCAUUAUUCAUUAUCCAAAGUUAUCUUACGCACCUUUAUGUGACUAACUUGCUUCUGUUUUAAAUAUGAAUGAGUGACAAAAAAAGCAGCUUAAACAUCUUUAAACCUCCUCACAUAAAAUAACUCUUUGAAAAGACUGCAGCUGUAGGUAUGUUUCAUUAGUCUGCAUUAAAAAAAAAUAUAAAUAAAAUAAAAAUCAGUUUUCUGUAGAUUAGCUUCUCUGGAGGGAAUGUGAUGACUUGACUUGUGAUGAAUACUCAGUAUCUCUAAAGUGCUCUGAACACAGGUGGAACCUGAUAUUUCCAAAUCAGCUCUGUACAAAAGCAGUAUUGGCUAUUUUAUAUUGGUUAUUUAUUGUUUCACUGAUGUACUGUUGUUCAAUUUUCUAUAAUAAAGACAAAAGAAUUUAAA